UGAGGAUUAAAAAAGCCUUCUUCUUUUGGGUAUUUUCAAAAUUUAUGACCAAAAUACAUACUGUGUUAUUAUUCGUUAUUAUAAAAAUAACUCUUUACAAUACAACAAGUAAGAGUCGAUACUGUAGUGAUGAAAAGUUGUGUAAUUGAUUUUGCUGGAAUGUCACGCCUGCAAGUACUUCCACACAGGCAAUUAUAAAGACGGCUAAACGGGUCUUUCGUGACUCAAAAUAAUCCAGCAUGUCCUCUAGCGGUUAGUGGGAUCGUUUACUGCGCCUGUCCCAUGAUAACAACAAACGGCAAGUUUUUUACAUGUGGGCAAACGAGCUGGCUAAAAUAUAAUACAGAUUUUUUUUUUUUUUUUUGUGGCCGGUUUAUAUUUGGCUACUUGAAACAGCUUUAAUAAUGACUUAAAUAUACCCGGGAAAAGACUUUUCCCUAUUCCAUAAAAACAUGGCAGUAUAAUCAUAAAAUAUGAGCAUAGAACAAUGUCCGUAUUGUGGAAAGCCUUUCAAGAGGCUGAAAACUCACAUCCCUCACUGCAAAAUGGCACCAGCUGCUCAAUCCCAAAAAAGCAUUCAAGCACCCAAAGAAUUAAGCGCAACCAGUUCUAGACAGAAGAUCCUUAAAAAGACAGCAGCGGCGGAGACAAAUGUUGUCAUCUUUAAUGAGACGCAACCCUCCAAAAGCAGGAGGAAAGGAGAUCUUCACAAUGCAGAAAGUCCUCUCUCGUCUACUAAGGUCAAAGUCUCAUCAUCUGAAACUCUGGACACGGAGAGGCCUAAAAGCAAAUGGCUGGCUAAAAGACAGAAGGAACUUGAGAGAUUACAGCUGUUAGUGCCAGACUCACAGAAGCCGAGCAAACCAACCUCAUUAUCAGAGCAUGCAGGAGAUAAAAGCUUUUGUGAGAUCUCCAAAGGACCAGAUCAGGGAACGUCUCAAACUAAUGGAAAAAGUACUAGAGGCAAAAAGAAGCUAAAGAUGGCGCAAUUAUCAGAGCAGCUGUCCAUCACCAAGGGUGAAAUCAAUAGCACUGGAUCUGUGCCAGCAAAAUCAUCUAGUGUUCCACGUGAGUGCAUUGUGGAGUUUAAAAAUCCAAAACUAAAAACAAGAGUAAAAUGCUUGGAGGAGAUUGAAAGAUGUGCAAAAAGCCAGAAUAAAGAGUUUGAUCUAAUAUCAGGAGCAAAAGAGCAUAAAGCACUUCCGAUUUUUACAUCUAAAACUUCUGUGUGGGACCACAUCAGUUACAGUUUGUAUUACAAGAGGUCUUUUAAUCUGUUUGUGCCUUAUCCUGUUCUUCAAACAUCCAAAGAUUCUGCUGUGGAGACCAAAGAGAUUUCCACCAUGCGACAAUCAGAGAAGCUUGCCACAGCACUAAUCAAGGUUUCCAUUGCACCCUCACCUGUUUUAUCUGAAACCAACAUUCGACAACCUGCAGAAGACACUCUUAACUCAAGACUGCAAGGUGUCAGAAGUUUAUCAUGGGCUCCUGAGAUGAAGACUGAUUGCAGCAGAAUACAGUUAUCCACAGUGCCUUUAGGCUGCUGCGCUAAUGAAGAUAUUUGGAUGAAGAAUCAGCUUUCUGGGCCAUCUACCUUAUGCAAAGUGCCUCUUUUUCGGCGGAAAUUUGGAGAUGUCAGAUUGAAUGAACUUGGUUUAUGGCUUGGCGCCCGAGCUCCUGUGUCGCCCGGGGAGAUUGUGAACAUGUUUAAGCAAGGCUGGCAGUGGUACUACAGGAAGUAUAUAGAUGUCCGUAGAGGAGGAGUUGGAGGAAUAUCAAUGCUUUUGACUGGAUACUGUGUGCUGUGUUACAUAUGGAACUACACACAUCUAAAGAAGGAUCGCUGGAGGAAGUACCAUUAAGGACUUUUUUGUGGGCUUCAUAAUUGUUGCACACUUUGGAGAAGCAGUUUUGCAUUCAGGGAUUUGAGGUCACAGUAAGACUAAUAUUUUAUAUGUCAAGAUUAUAACACUAGGACCUUGUUGUUUACUGCAGUUUGAGGUUUGCUGUGUUUUGUGUUAUCAAGGUACUUUUUAUUAUCUACAAAAAGGUUUAUUAUAAAGGCAGUUUAUGCUUGA